AUGAGUAAUCUUCAAACUGUGAGACACUUCUUUGAGCAGGUGAAAAAGCAACUGGAACCAUGGUGUGAACUUAAAGACAAAGUGGUUCUUGUGACAGGAGCUUCCUCUGGUAUAGGAAGAGAGAUCUGUCUUGAUCUAGCCAAAGCUGGCUGCAAGAUUAUAGCAGCAGCUCGUCGUGUCGACCGUCUCGAAUCUCUUUGCUCUGAAAUCAACAGAACCGGAGUCCAAGCCGUUGCCCUUGAGCUAGACGUGUCAUCAAACGCAGCCACCAUUCAAAAAGCGGUAAAAGAAGCUUGGGACAUCUUUGGAAAGAUCCAUGCGUUGAUCAACAAUGCCGGAAUCAGAGGCAAUGUCAAGUCUUGUUUAGAUCUGUCAGAAAACGAAUGGGACAACGUCUUAACAACCAACUUAAAAGGAGCUUGGUUAGUAGCCAAAUACGUCUGCGUUUUGAUGCGUGACGCUAAAAGCGGUGGUGGCUCGGUGAUAAACAUUUCAUCCAUCGCAGGGUUUCACCGCAGUUUAGCUCCUGGUGCACUCGCGUAUGCUUGUUCCAAAAGCGGUGUUGAUACCAUGACAAGAAUGAUGGCUAUUGAGUUAGGUGCUUAUAAUAUUAGAGUGAACUCGAUCGCGCCGGGGCUUUUGAACUCAGACAUCACAAAAGAUCUUAUGCAGAAAAAGUGGCUCAAGGUUGUGGCCGAGCGGAUUCUACCGUUAAAGGUGAACCAGACCGUGGAUCCGGGUCUCACUUCUCUCGUUCGCUAUCUACUUCACGACUCUUCUCAGUAUGUCUCCGGCAAUAUAUACAUUGUUGACUCUGGAACUACACUGCCUGGUCUGCCCAUCUUUUCUUCUCUAUGA